CAGAACCCCAAUACCCCCAUGAAUCCAUGUCAUCACGCUGGGAAAGUCGAUAUGCUCUCCACACUCCCGUCCCGCUGCGGAACAUUUCUGGCCCCCAUGACCUUCCUAUUGUGUGUCAAUGCAUGACUCUAUCUAAUUAUUAACUUGUAUUCAGCUGUAUACUUAAAUCUCUCUCACCGUAGUCGUUGGCCUCCCAUCCUCGAUAGCAAAGACCUAGCAAUCCUUCUCCUCCUCCAAAGCAGACACCAGAAAGCGUGCUCAAUAUCAGAUCUAUCCAUUCGAACACUACCAGCUCUCUCUGUGCAUCCAUAUUCCACAAUGCAGUCCGUCAAGGUUAUCACUUUCUUCCUCCUUGGCCUCGUUGGCUUUUCCAUGGCCAGCCCAAUUGCUGCCCCCAACGACGAACACUCCGUUCCUCGCGUCAACUCAGCUGACGAGGUCGAUCUCAAGAACAUUGGCGACACUUACUGAACGAGUCAUCGGGGAAGCAAGACUAUAAGGGAUGGGUGCGAAUCUGCUAGACGAAUAAGUGAUAUGCAUGGAGAUUUGGUCUUUUUGACCCAAGGGCGUUUUAAGAGGAUACCAUAAUUGAUCUUAUAUCUAAAUAAAAUACAAAUACAAAUACAACUAGACUUUAUUUCAGUG